CUUAUUUUGUUGUCUUUAAAUAUUCGCCCACUCUUUCGUUAUGUGUUUAAAUUUAAAAAACUCUCUCUGUCUGUCUCUCGUUGGAAACUCGGAAGCUUCGAAAAUGGGGAGGACUUGUACAGAAGACGAAGAAACCCUUUUGAUCUCUCAUCGCAAUCAAGUUCAAGAGAACGAAGAAGAAGACGAAGACGAAGAAGAAGCGCUGUCUCUGUCUGAUUUGCCGGUAAAUUCAUCUAACGUUAAAGUUCAUUUCCCGAAACAGUCAAAGUCAGAAGAAGAAGAAGAAGAAAUCGAUUCCGGGUUCGAAUUCGAAAUCGGGUCGUCGUUUCGGCUCGGGUCGGAUUCGUGCGAACCGGCUCCGGAGAUGAGUACCGCAGACGAAUUAUUCUCGGAAGGAAGGAUUCUACCUUUACGCCACUCCGUCAGCUUAGACGCCGGUUCGAACCGGUUAAUCACCAGAUCCGAAUCGGUCGAAUUCCGACGAACCAGAGCCGGAUCAGACCGGAAAAUCAAAAACAAUUUCAUCGACUACAGCCAACCGAGUCCGAACCCACAGAUCAUCAGACGGUCAUCGAGCAUGACGGCGAGGGUGAGCUCGAUCAGAAACCCUAAAUCAUCUUCGAUUUGGGAUUUUCUCCGGCUGGGGCUCGUCCGGACGCCGGAGAUCGAGCUCCGAACGCCGGCGAACGCUAGAGUGUCGGUGAGCCGGAACAGCAGCUGCAGCAGCACGAGCACGAGCUCGAACUCGAAGAAAACGGGAGGAGAAUCGAGGUCGAGGAGCCGGAGAAAAAGCUUUCUUUUCGCGGAUUGUAAGUGCUCGGCGGCGACGGAGACGGUCGUACCUGUGAAAAUGAAAAUUAAUGAGGCGGAGGAGAAACAGAGGAGGAAGAAGACGGCGAAGAAAGAGGAGAAAACAGCGUUUGCGCGUAAGAGAACGUUUGAGUGGUUAAAAGAGUUAUCACAGGUAGGUUCUGUCGUUGAUCCUGGCAGAAGAAGCUUGGCGUGAUUGAUUGAUGACUCCUCGAGGAGGAGCAACAGACACAUUCUUGUUUCUCUGCUUCCCUUUUUUUGUUUUGUCUUUAAUAUUUUAAUUUAAAUGUAUUUUUUGGGUGUUUAAUCAUUUCCUACGUAAUUAUAUUUUUGUAUGUUAGUGGCUAAUUGUCAAUUAUACUUUAAUAUGAUUUUAAUUUUAGCUAAGUUUUAAAUCACAUUUUCUCUGAUCAUCUCUAUUAAUAUAUUCAGAAUUUCAAUUAUUCUGC